UCUCCUUCAACAUUUCCGCACGCCUACGAAGGUUCGUGCUUUAAACCAGGCAUAACUAGUCAGAUAAAAUUAUGGAGUCAACUCGGCUUCAAUGAUUGCUACCCAGAGUUCCUUUCGGUCCAGUCGCGUAGGCUUGAGUUGGUCGACGACAACAUUUUUUGAAUUGACUGUAUAUGGCUUAUUGCCUCCGUUUUCGGUAAUUAACUCUUAAAAAUAAGUGUAUACACAAUGGAUGUGUAUAUUCUGUGUAUGAUCGCAUCUCACUAGCACCAUCCACACGGUCUACUCUAUGAAUGACGUCAAAACGUGAUGAAACUUCGAAUGUCAACUAAAAGCAAUACCUCGAGGUUUCAAGUAGAUCUUGGUGGUCUUUACUUCAUUUGUUCUGUCGCAGUACAGGGGCACCUCCAAGGAGAAGAGCAAUGGGUUACGACUUUUAAGAUGUCAGUCUCAAUUGACGGCAGGAAAUGGAAGUUCAUUUCUGGUCCAGGCGGGAGUGAUAUAUUUCAGCGCAGUGGCAGGUUAGCUUCAGAAUUGUUUAUUGGUCUCGAUACAGCCUACAGAUACGUUUCCUUCAACCCGUUAUCUUACAAUAAGCGCCCUUGUAUGGGCAUAGAGUUAUAUGGAGUCGGCCCUAUCAAAGGUACUUUAUUCUUUACUUUGAAGACGCUACGAACACACGGAAGCGCAUGCGAGCUCCAGAAUAAAUGCCCCCACAGGACACAGUGCAUAAUUGGUAGCUUUCCUGGUAGCUACAGCUGCAGAUGUCCAGAGGGAUUCGUUUCCUCUGCAGCAGGAGGACCGGCAAUUAAACCUGGAACAGAUGAACACUGCCGGAGCAUUAAUCCUACUGGAAAGAGCAUUGUUCUUGAAGUUCAUAAGCUUCCACAAAGAAGACAGUUAGCAAAAUCAAGAGCAUCUGCAGCUGAAAUAUUCAAUGGGCAUUCUAAAUGGUUCUUGUCACUUACAAUAGUAUUAAAAACAAUGGCAUGAUAUACUUUGUGGAUGCAUGUUGAGACUUUAAAGCACGGUAUAUUUACUUUAUAACCUAAUGACUGGAAUAUAUUACGCUAAAUAAAACUGCUAAAAGCUUCGUUGCGUUAAUCGUCGCCUUCGUCAGUGUUCAAUAGAGCGUUUUCACGUGACGUCACAGCGGCCAUUAUGGGGUACCAAAACAAUACAUUUUCUGUUCUCCGGGAAUUGAACUCUAUUUUUAUGCAAAUACUGUGCAGAAAGUUUCUAUCGUUUAUGGCUGCCUUCGCACGUGAGCGAAAACGCUCUAUAGACCUUAUUAGUUCAGGCAUUUAUAUCGUGUAGGUUGGAUUACGGAAACAGCCUUCCACAAUAUAAACUUCAACGAAUUCAGAAUGCUUCUGUCUAACGACUCAAGGGCGGACCAAGGGAAGGGGUCAGGACCCCACCCUUUACGACUCGCUGCUUUCCCCUUCUUUAAACAUACAAAAUAUUAUACAGAGAAUUAUAAAAUAACUGUUAUGAA